AUCAUGACUAUCAUACCGAAGGAAUCGCUUGUUGCAUUAGAGCAUGAGUUUGGGAUAAUAAAGUUAAUUCAUCACAGAAACAAAAACCAACACAGAGUUGCCACUUGGUGGAAACAUUUGAACAACCUUAAAAGAUAUCUCACAAAGGUAAUCUCAUUAAUUCAUACAUACAACCGUAACAAAGAUGAUAAAGUAAGGCAGAAACUACAAAAAGUAUCAAGACAUUUGUAUUUCAAUAUAUGCAAAUCAGCUUUCAGAGCUUUCAAUGGUGUUAUUGCAUUAGGUCAAUUCAUCACGUUAGGGUUGACUCUUGUGGGUGCUCUGGGAAAACUUUAC